UUACUAUUGUAAAAACAAGAUAUGUUCGUUUGAGUGUGAAAGAGGAUAGUAAUUUAAUUACAUCAAGGGCUAUUGGUGCUUAUCCAGUAGGGCAUGAAGAUAAUAUAAUAGAAAUAGUUUUAUUUAUUCCUAAUAAUCCUAAUGAGAAGGAUUUUGAAACUCAAGUUAUUUUUAAAAGAGAUGGUUAUUACUCUGUUGGUGAUAAAAUCAUACUUUAG